AGGAGAAGUAAAAUAGUCCCUCUAAUAUCAAUGAAAGCCAUUUUCAGUCCGUAACAUUUUGUUAUGCUGCGCAGCAGGAAAGUUGAAGCGCAUCCUGCUCUCAGGCUAGAUAACACUUGGACUUCCCACUGCAGAAUGAGAAGGUGGGAAAUCAAGUGGUGAGAAGACAAAAAGGACACACAGCUCCUCUACAGUGGACACAGGGAAUUAUCCACCUGGCAUAUUUCUUAAUGGAACAAAUGUGGAUUCAUCGGGAGUGGCCAAGCAGGGCAUGGCGUUAAGCAGACUCCUGCUGCUCUGUAUGGUAGCCUCUGAACUGUGGGAUGCUGAGCCCAAACCCAUAGAAUUUGUGUGUAAUAAAGGUGCCAGGCGGGCUAUUAACAUUGUGGCAGAGCUGGAGAGUGCACUGAGUGAAUGUUAUGGCUCAACUACGCCCUCCACACUGGUUCAGCUACCCUGUACCGAGCUUCACGUAGCAUCUUGGGAAAACAAAUCAGACCAGGAGAAGAGAGGAGACAUAGUUGCAUCCUUGAGGCUUCUUGUUGAAAGUGUGAAGGUGUUCAAGGCCCAAAGCCAGCCGGGAUGUGCUGCUUUACUUCUGCAGAGACUAGAGAACAACAUCAACAACUACCUGCUCAUUCUCACACCCCUUCAGCUGAGUCAGGGGCCAGCAGUGAGUCCAGGCCUGUCUUGUGUUCCUCGAAGCACCCAGAGUCUCAGCACAGUCCUGUUGAACUACAAACAACUGAUUUCAGGCAAACUAGAGCGGUUUGUGAUUAACCUGGAAGACAGAUGCAAUUCUAAUUAACAUAGGAACAUACACAAUGGACCUAUUUUCUUCACAGACUGGUGGAAUCAAAUCAAAUUGGUCCUCCAAGGUCGAUAACCAAAGAAUGAAAUCCAACAGAGGAAAGCUGCCAGAGAGAUCUGGAGAUUCUCCUUAUCCUGUUGUUCGGAGACAUUUUUUUUGCACCUUGUUGUGGCUUUCACGUUUUUUUAUAGGUGAAAAGUUUGCUUUUUUUAUAUAAUGUAACUUAACUAAGUAAAAAUAAGAAAUAUAUACUUUUCUGCUGGCCAUUAAAAGCAAUUAAGAGUAUCAUGGACAAAUGAAUGUAUAACAGGAAGGCAGUUCUUUUUUAAUGAGUCAACAAAACUAUGGAUGCUUUAAAGUUUGUUCUAAGCCGAUAGAACCAUUACAAGCCUACAAUCUGCAAAAAGUCAACCUGACUUGGAUUCAUGUUAUUGAUCCAGAUUUGUUUUGCUCCUUAGUCAGUGGUAGUGUUUGCAAAGCUGAUGAAAACGUACAAAUCAUAUCCAGUUGCAAAUCGUUUUAUUUCAUCUAAAUACUGCAAGUCUUGGCCCAUUGGCUUAAUUUUAAAAAUCAAGGACACUUACUGGGCAUUUAUGCAGACAGGUCAAGUGUUCCUGGUAUGUAUUUACAGAGCAACUGUUCAUUCUCAAUGCACUUUUAGAUGUCUCUGUUUACAUUUUGUAUUUUAAGUUCAUUGAUUUGCUGUAUUUUGUGCGUUUUUCUAUACAUUUUUCAUUUAAUUUAGGAAAUAUAUCUUGCCCGCCUUUGUGAAUUUUGUAUAUGUAUAUCCAGAUUUUGCAUUUUAAGAGGACAUUUUAUUUAGUAAGUAAGUUUAUCAAAACAAUAUAAUAUGGAAUAAACUAUGAUUUUGUACAGCCA